AUUAUCUUGCAUUGUUGGAAACAUUCUUGAAAACCAACAUUUGGGUUGGUUGGUUGAUUGGUUGGGUUUGAAACAUUAUUUCAAACCACGAACUAUAAGGUAUGGAUAUGGAGGAACAGGAGCAUUUGGGAUUGCCAUUGUUGGAAGAUGCAGAAGAUGGAGUAAUUUUGAAACCCAAGAAAUCACCAACCCAGAGGGCGAUGAGGAAGACCUUCAAAGGGACAGCCCAUUUGGCCAACCUUCUUCCCACAGGCACGGUUCUUGCGUUCCGGAUUCUCUCCCCGGUUUUCACCCACGAAGGCAAAUGCAAAUCCGUCGUGAGCCAAUCCAUGACCCUCGUCCUUCUUGCUUGCUGCGCCAUCUCAUGUAUCGUUAUCAGCUUCACGGAUAGCUUCCGGGAUGAGAGGGGGAAGGUCCGGUAUGGGUUUGCCACGUUCCGGGGGCUCUGCAUUCUUGAUAUGACAUCUGUUAGCCUGUCCCCUGAUGAGGCUGCCAAGUACAGGCUCAGGUUCCUGGAUUUCUUCCAUGCAUUCAACUCGCUCCUUGUUUUCGCGGUUACAGCUUUGCUUGAUCAGAAUGUUGUGAAUUGCUUGCUCCCUUCGCCUUCUGCAGAGGUUGAGGAACUCCUUGCUAUGUUGCCUGUGGGGAUUGGGUUCAUAUGUAGCCUGCUGUUCGUUACAUUCCCCAGCAAACGCCAUGGAAUCGGAUUCCCCCUCUCCCGGGAUUAGCCUCUGUUCUUCCUGUUCUACCUUUGAUGAUUCUGAACCUGCAAAAGCCAAUCUUGGAGCUGUUCCUUUCUGAUCUUCCUGUUCUAUCUUUGAUGAUUCUGAAUCUGCAAAAGCCAAUCUUGGAGCUGUUCCAUUCUGGGAAUUAGUCUCUGCUCUUCCUGUUCUAUCUUUGAUGAAUCUGAACCUGCAAAAACCAAUCUUGGAGCUGUUCCAUUCCGGGCAAUUCAGAUAUCCCCAAUUUUGGAGCUGUUCCAUUCUGGGCAAUUCAGACAUCUGCAUUAACUGAAGCCUGUGUAUUCCUUAAUUGGAGUUGAAUCACAUGUAACAUACAUUUCAAGGUUUCAGAAAACAAAAUAGAGUGCAAAGCAAUGAAAGGAAUUGAUGAUUAAUGUCAUAUGAAAUCCUAUAAUACAAA